AUGAAAAUUGAACAAAAUAUCAAUAUCUUUCUUUUAACAUGGGCCGUUGUUUCAUUCACAUUUUUCAAUAUAAUUUUAGCACAAGAAACACAAGGAACGAUUAAAAAGGCAUUUGAUUUGAGUGAUAUUAAACUAGCUGUUAGUACUUCGGAAGCUGUUAGAAAACUAACCGAAAGUUUAACAUACCCUAAUUCACUUUCCACGCUUAUUCAAUUAAAUCAAGGAGAUGAUAUAAAAAUGAUAUUUACUAUAAGAGAUGAAAAGACACAAAAAGGAAUCCAACCUCACCAAGCCUUUUUAGUUUUAUCUUCUGAAAAUAACAAUAAGAUUCAAUUGCCUUUUAUUGUACAAGUUCGUGAAUCAGGGAAAGCUAGUGUUAAAUUGUCAAUACCAGAAGAAUUGUUUUCGUCACCAAGAAAGUAUCAUCUUGAUCUUAUAAUUGGAACUUUUUUUCACAACAAACCAAUUAAAUAUCAUAUUGGAACUGUCAAUCUUGAUUUAACAACUUCAUCAUCAGAUGAAAUAGUAUAUGGACCACGUCCAGAAAUAAUUCAUAUUUUUAAAUCUUCACAAAAGUUGCCACCAUUAUGGUUGUCUUAUAUUUUUUCAGUAAUAUUACUGAUACCUUGGAUGUUUUUGAUUGUGGCUACGUCUUGGUGUUAA